UCUGCGCUACAGUACAAUGGAGUAUUGGCCUGAAAUGCCUGCCGGUCAAAUGCCUACUGAGACAUGAAGACUGCGACCACUGUUUCUAUCCUUGGGAGCCUGGUAUCGAUCGUCUGCCUGCCUUCGGUGUUGACGUCACCUAAAACACUGGCCAUCCCGGAGAGAAUACAACAAGCUGUGGGGAGAGUCGUGGUCAAUGCCACAACAUGCACUGUUACAUGUGGCCUUGGCUACAAGGAGGAGACCGUCUGUGAGGUGGGUCCUGAUGGGGUGAGGAGGAAGUGCAAGUCCCAGCGUCUGGAGUGUCUGACCAACUGGAUCUGUGGGAUGCUCCAUUUCACUAUUGUCCACGGGGAGGAGUUUGAGCUGAGCUGUCUCAGCGCAGACAUCCUGGAGGUCGGGCAAGAAGCCUUCCGCUUUACCUGGAAACUUGCUCGGGGCAUCAUCUCUACUAACGAUGAAGUUUUUAAACCCUUCCGAGCCAACUCCCAUUUUCUGCGAUUUAAACCCGCCUAUGAGUAUGACUCUGGGACAUACCGAUGUGAUGUGCAGCUGCUGAGAAACUUGAAAUUUGUCAAGAGGCUCUAUUUUGGGCUGAGGGUCCUUCCUCCAGAUUUGGUAAACCUGAAUUUCCAUCAGUCCCUUACUGAGGACCAGAAGUUGGUAGAUGAGGGCUGGGAAGUUAAUCUAGACAACCAUUCGAAGCCUAACCUCCCAAAGUGGCAAGAGAAGGUGGCGUCAGCCAUGGGCAUAGGGAUGGCUGCUGGAGUGGUCGGUGGCGUGCUGGUCAGCAUUGCUAUCCGCAUUGUCCUGAGGGGGGUUGAUGGUAACGGCAGCCUUAGCAGCUUAUAAUGGGAGGCUGACUGCCCAGGAGGCCAAGCUAGCUUGUACACGAGUGUCCUGUCCCUCUGGUAGUGGAGCGCCAAGAGAGGACUCAGAGCCUAAGGUUGGCUAGGAGGCCCGGAGGUUGCAAGCUCCUGGUAGCUCAGGGGAGCAGUAUCCAUCACUGUGCUCAGGUUUUCUCAUUAAGGGUGCUCAGUAGGCUUUGCUUCUGUUCCUAGGGAAGUUCUGUCUUCCAAGCUUGCUUUUCUUUCCAUGCUUCACGGCGUGUGUACCACUCACCUCCACUACUCCACCUCUCUGAACAGUGUGUAUGGACCAGAAUGUACUACUAGCAGUUUGGGCGGAAACUUUUUAUUUUUGUUCAAUAAAAAUA